AUGGCUGAGAUGUCAGACAACUCAUUAGAUGCAGGUGGUGCCAAGAGGGCUCUGAGAGAGGAUGUGGGGCCCAGCACUCCGCAGGGCCCAGUUGGAGGAGGCCAUGGCCCUGUUCGGUUUCUGCAGUUCCUGUGGGGAGCUCCAGUUGUGGAGAAGCAGACAGCGCUGCUCCAAAGGGUGCAGCCCCAGGCUGACACCCUGGAGGUCAUGCAGCUCAAAUAUGAGAACUUCCUCACUGCCCUGGCUGUGGGAAAGGGCCUCUGGGCUGAGGUCAGCAGCUCUGCUGAGCAACUGAGACAGACAUAUCCUGGGAACUCCACACAAAUCCAACGACAGCAGGAGGAACUGAGACAGAGGUGGGGGCAGCUGGAGGCUCUGAAGAGGGAGAAGGCCGUGCAGCUGGCACACAGUGUGGAAGUGUGCAGUUUUCUGCAGGAGUGUGGACCCACACAGGUCCAGCUGCGAGACAUGCUCCUCCAGCUGGAGGCCCCGCAGCCAGGGAGCUCAGAGGACACCCGCCACGCCCUGCAGCUGGCCCAGAAGAAGACCCUGGUGCUGGAGAGGAGGGUCCACUUCCUCCAAAGUGUGGUCGUAAAGUACGGCCAGCGCAGUGGCGGCAUUGGGAGGCAGGUUGAGGAGUCAGGCUACGCAGAGAGCCAGCCUCUGCAAGGACAGGUGGAGAUGCUGCAGGGGCUGCUGAAGCAAGUACAGGAACAAGUGGCCCAACAGGCCCGGCGCCAGGCUGAGACUCAGGCCCGGCAGAGCUUCCUGCAAGAGAGCCGGCAACUGCUACUGUGGACAGAGAGUGUCCAGGCUCAGCUGCGCAGCAAGGAGGUGUCGGUGGAUGUGGCCUCGGCUCAGCGGCUGCUGAGGGAGCACCAAGACCUGCUGGAGGAGAUCCACCUGUGGCAGGAGAGGCUGCAGCAGCUGGAGGCUCAGAGCCAGCCCAUGGCAGCCUUGGACUGCCCAGACUCCCAAGAGGUGGCCAACACUCUGAGGCUCCUGGGGCAGCAGGGCCAGGAGCUGAAGGUUGUGUGGGAGCAGAGGCAGCAGUGGCUGCAAGAGGGGCUGGAGCUGCAGAAGUUUGGCCGAGAAGUGGAUGGUUUCACUGCCACCUGUGCCAACCACCAGGCCUGGCUGCACCUGGACAACCUUGGGGAGGAUGUGAGGGAGGCCCUGAGCCUGCUGCAGCAGCACCGGGAGUUUGGGCGGCUCCUGAGCACCCUGGGGCCUUGGGCAGAGGCUCUGUGGGCACACGGCGAGAAGCUGGUUCAGAGUCAGCACCCAGCUGCACACACGGUCAGAGAGCAGCUGCAGAGUGUCCAGGCACAGUGGACCAGGCUCCAGGGGAGGAGUGAGCAGAGGAGGAGGCAGCUGCUGGCUUCCCUCCAGCUCCAGGAGUGGAAGCAGGAUGUGGCAGAGCUGAUGCAGUGGAUGGAAGAGAAGGGGCUGAUGGCUGCGCAUGAGCCCUCCGGAGCGCGCAGAAACAUCCUGCAGACACUCAAGCGGCACGAAGCAGCUGAGAGUGAGCUACUCGCCACCCGCAGACACGUGGAGGCCCUGCAGCAGGUUGGGAGAGAGCUGUUGAGUAGGAGGCCCUGCGGCCGGGAGGACAUACAGACCAGGCUUCAAGGCCUUAGAAGCAAGUGGGAAGCUUUGAACCGCAAGAUGACUGAGCGUGGGGACGAGCUCCAGCAGGCUGGACAGCAGGAGCAACUCCUGAGGCAGCUGCAGGAUGCAAAGGAGCAGCUGGAGCAGCUCGAAGGGGCCCUACAGAGCUCGGAGACAGGGCAGGACCUGCGCUCCAGCCACAGGCUGCAGAAACGGCACCAACAGCUGGAGAGUGAGAGCCGGACCCUGGCUGCCAAGAUGGCUGCCCUCGCCUCCAAGGCCCAUGGCGUGGCCGCCUCCCCGGCCAUCCUGGAAGAGACCCAGAAGCACCUCCGGAGGCUGGAGCUUCUGCAGGGGCAUCUGGCCAUCCGGGGCCUGCAGCUGCAGGCCUCAGUGGAGCUGCACCAGUUCUGCCACCUGAGCAACAUGGAGCUCUCUUGGGUAGCCGAGCACAUGCCCCAUGGCAGCCCCACCAGCUAUACCGAGUGCUUGAAUGGUGCCCAGAGCCUUCACCGCAAGCACAAGUACUUUCUGGAUGUGUCAGAGCUGGAGGGCUGGGUGGAGGAGAAGUGGCCGCUGGUGAGCAGUCGGGACUAUGGCAGAGACGAGGCAGCCACCCUCAGGCUCAUUAACAAGCACCAGGCUCUACGGGAGGAACUAGCCGUUUACUGGAGCUCCAUGGAGGAGCUUGACCAGACGGCCCAAACCCUCACUGGCCCCGAAGUCCCUGAGCAGCCGCGUGUGGUGCGAGAGAGGCUCCGGGAGCAGCUGCGGCCACUGCAGGAGUUGGCGGCCACACGGCACCGGGAACUGGAGGGGACCCUGAGGCUGCACGAGUUCCUGAGGGAGGCCGAGGACCUGCAGGGCUGGCUGGCAAGCCAGAAGCAGGCAGCCAAAGGAGGGGAGAGCCUGGGGGAGGACCCCGAGCACGCCCUGCACCUCUGCACCAAGUUUGCAAAGUUUCAGCACCAAGUGGAGAUGGGCAGCCAGUGGAUGGCUGCCUGCCGGCCGCUGGCAGAGAGCCUGCUAGAGCGUGGGCACAGUGCUGGCCCCAUGGUCCGUCAGAGGCAGCAGGAUCUGCAGGCCGCCUGGUCGGAGCUGUGGGAGUGGACCCAGGCCCGAGGCCACGUGCUCCGAGACGCCGAGACCUCCCUCAGAGUUCACAGAGAUCUCUUGGAAGUCCUCACCCAGGUCCAGGAGAAAGCCACGAGCCUCCCCAACAAUGUGGCACGGGACCUGCGUGGGCUGGAGGCCCAGCUGAGAAGCCACCAGGGGCUGGAGCGAGAACUCGUGGGCACCGAGCGGCAGCUGCAGGAACUGCUGGAGACUGCAGGCAGGGUGCAGAAGCUGUGUCCGGGGCCUCAGGCCCAUGCGGUGCAGCAGAGGCAGCAAGCUGUGACGCAGGCAUGGGCAGUGCUGCAGCGACGCAUGGAGCAGCGCCGCAUGGAGCGGCACAGGGCCCAGCUGGAGCGGGCACGCCUCCUGGCCCGCUUCCACACAGCGGUGCGUGACUAUGCCUCCUGGGCAGCCCGCAUGCGCCAGGACCUGCAGGUGGAGGAGAGUUCGCAAGAGCCUAGCAGUGGCACGCUAAAGCUCAGUGCCCACCAGUGGCUCCGGGCAGAGCUGGAGGCCCGGGAGAAGCUGUGGCAGCAGGCUACCCAGCUGGGCCAGCAGGCACUUCUUGCUGCAGGGACACCCACCAAGGAGGUCCAGGAAGAGCUUCGAGCCCUGCAGGGCCAGCGGGACCAGGUGUAUCAGGCCUGGGCACGGAAGCAAGAGAGGCUGCAGGCCGAGCAGCAGGAGCAGCUCUUCCUCAGAGAGUGCGGCCGCCUGGAGGAGAUCCUUGCGGCCCGGGAGGUCUCCCUGAAAACCAGUGCCUUGGGGAGCUCGGUGGAAGAGGUAGAGCAGUUGAUUCGCAAGCACGAGGUCUUCCUGAAGGUUCUGACUUCCCAGGACAAGAAGGAGGCAGCCCUGCGUGAGCGGCUGAAGACGCUCCGGCGCCCCCGGGUGCGGGACCGGCUUCCCAUCCUGCUGCAGCGCCGGGUGAGAGUGAAGGAGCUGGUGGAGAGCCGGGGACACCUGCAUGCCUCCCUGCUGAUGGCCAGCUUCACCCAGGCCGCAACCCAGGCUGAGGACUGGAUCCAGGCAUGGGCCCAGCAGCUGAAGGAGCCGAUCCCUCCUGGGGACCUGAGAGAUAAGCUGAAGCCCCUGCUGAAACACCAGGCCUUUGAGGCUGAAGUCCAGGCCCAUGAGGAGGUCAUGACCUCUGUUGCCAAGAAGGGAGAGGCUCUCCUGGCACAGAGUCACCCUCGAGCCAGAGAGGUCUCCCAGCGGCUGCAGGGCCUGCGGAAGCACUGGGAGGACCUGAGGCAGGCAAUGGCCCUCAGGGGCCAGGAGCUGGAGGACAGGCGGAACUUCCUGGAGUUCCUGCAGAGAGUGGACCUUGCAGAGGCCUGGAUCCAGGAGAAGGAGGUGAAGAUGAAUGUUGGUGACCUGGGCCAGGAGCUGGAGCACUGCCUGCAGCUCCGACGGCGGCUCCGCGAGUUCCGAGGAAACUCGGCCGGGGACACAGUGGGUGAUGCCCGCAUCAAGAGCAUCAGUGACUUGUCACUGCAGCUCAAGAACCGGGACCCUGAGGAAGUCAAGAUCAUCUGCCAGCGGCGAAGCCAGCUCAACAACAGGUGGGCGAGUUUCCAUGGCAACCUGCUCCGGUACCAGCAGCAGCUCGAAGGGGCCUUGGAGAUACACGCGUUGUCCCGAGAGCUGGACAAUGUCACCAAGAGGAUUCAGGAGAAGGAAGCCCUGAUCCAGGCCCUGGACUGUGGGAAAGAUCUGGAGAGCGUGCAGAGGCUGCUGCAGAAACACGAGGAGCUGGAGCGGGAAGUGCACCCCAUCCAGGCCCAGGUGGAGUCCCUAGAGCGUGAAGUGGGCCGCCUCUGCCAAAGAAGCCCUGAGGCAGCCCACGGCCUCAGGCACAGGCAGCAGGAGGUGGCUGAGAGCUGGUGGCAGCUCCGGAGCAGGGCCCAGAAGCGGAGGGAGGCGCUGGAUGCCUUGCACCAAGCUCAGAAACUCCAGGCAACGCUGCAGGAAUUGCUGGUCAGCGCCCAGAGGCUGCGGGCUCAGAUGGACACGAGCCCCGCUCCUCGCAGCCCUGUGGAAGCCCGGCGUAUGUUAGAAGAGCAUCAGGAGUGCAAGGCCGAGCUGGACUCCUGGACAGACAGCAUCAGCCUGGCCCGAAGCACUGGGCAGCGACUGCUCACAGCGGGGCACCCCUUCAGCUCCGACAUUCGCCAGGUGCUGGCUGGCUUAGAACAGGAGCUGAGCAGCCUGGAAGGGGCCUGGCAGGAGCAUCAGCUACAGCUGCAGCAGGCCCUGGAGCUACAGCUGUUUCUGAGCUCAGUGGAGAAGAUGGAACGUUGGCUUUGCAGCAGGGAAGACUCCCUAGCCAGUGAGGGUCUGUGGGACCCCUUGGCCCCCGUGGAACCCCUUCUGUGGAAGCACAAGAUGCUGGAGCGGGACCUGGAGGUGCAGGCGGGAAGGAUCAGUGCUCUGGAGGCCACGGCCCGCGGCCUGCACCAGGGUGGGCACCCCGAGGCCCAGAGUGCCCUGGGCAGGUGCCAGGCCAUGCUUCUGAGGAAGGAGGCGCUCCUCAGGCAAGCCGGGACCCGCCGCCAUCGCUGCCUGGAGGAGCUCCGGCAGCUGCAGGCCUUCCUGCAGGACUCCCAGGAGGUGGCUGCAUGGCUGAGGGAGAAGAACCUGGUGGCCUUGGAGGAGGGUUUGCUGGACACAGCCAUGCUGCCAGCACAGUUACAGAAGCAGCAGAAUUUCCAGGCGGAGCUGGACGCGAGCAUGCACCAACAGCAGGAGCUGCAGUGGGAGGGACAGAGGCUGCUGCAGGGGGGCCACCCAGCCUCGGAGGCCAUCCAGGAGCGACUGGAGGAGCUGGGAGCACUCUGGGGUGAGCUGCAAGACAACUCCCAGAAGAAGGUGGCCAAGCCCCAGAAGGCCUGCGAGGCCCUGCGUCUGCGGCGGGGCAUGGAGGAACUGGAGAACUGGCUGGAGCCCAUCGAGGUUGAGCUGAGAGCCCCCACUGUGGGCCAGGCCCUGCCUGGGGUGGGUGAGCUCCUGGGCACACAGAGGGAGCUGGAGGCAGCAGUGGACAAGAAGGCCAGGCAGGCUGAGGCACUGCUGGGCCAGGCCCAGGCCUUUGUGAGGGAAGGCCACUGCCUUGCCCAAGAUGUGGAAGAGCAGGCCCGGCGGCUGCUUCCGAGGUUCAAGAGCCUGAGGGAGCCCCUGCAGGAGCGCAGGAUGGCCCUGGAGGCCCAGAGCCUCCUCUUGAAGUUCUUCAGGGACGCCGACGAGGAAAUGGCCUGGGUGCAGGAGAAGCUGCCUCUGGCCGCUGCCCAGGACAAUGGCCAGAGCCUGAGUGCGGUGCGGCACCUGCAGGAGCAGCACCAGAACCUGGAGAGUGAGAUGAGCAGCCACGAGGCUCUGACCCGGGUGGUGCUGGGCAAUGGGCACAAGCUGGUGCAGGCUGGGCACUUUGCCGCCCACGAGGUGGCCGCCCGGGUGCAGCAGCUGGAGAAGGCCAUGGCCCACCUGCGGGCAGAGGCGGCGCAGAGGCGGCUUCUGCUGCAGCAGGCUCAGGAGGCCCAGCAGUUUCUGACUGAGCUCCCGGAGGCGGGAUCCUGGCUGGCUGAGCGGGGCCGUGUCCUGGACAGCGAGGACAUGGGCCACAGUGCUGAAGCCACACAGGCCCUUCUGCGGCGGCUGGAGGCCACCAAGAGAGACCUGGAAGCGUUCAGCCCACGCAUCGAGCGGCUGCAGCAGACAGCAGCACUCCUGGAGAGCAGGAAGAACUCAGAAAGCCCCAAGGUGCUAGCCCAGCUGCAGGCAGUUCGGGAGGCCCACGCAGAGCUGCUGCGGAGGGCAGAGGCCAGGGGGCACGGCCUGCAGGAGCAGCUGCAGCUACACCAGCUGGAGGGAGAGACCCUGCUCCUCGACGCCUGGCUGACCACCAAGGCGGCCACCGCCGAGUCCCAGGACUACGGGCAGGACCUGGAGGGUGUCAAGGUGCUGGAAGAGAAGUUUGAUGCUUUCAGAAAGGAAGUGCAGAGCCUGGGCCAGGCCAAGGUGUAUGCCCUGAGGAAGCUGGCAGGCACCCUGGAGCGGGGUGCACCCAGGCGCUAUCCCCACAUCCAAGCCCAGAGGAGCCACAUUGAGGCCGCUUGGGAGAGGUUGGACCAAGCAAUAAAAGCCUGCACAGAGAACUUGGCUGCAGCCCAUGAGGUCCACAGCUUUCAGCAGGCAGCGGCUGAGCUCCAAGGAAGGAUGCAGGAGAAGACGGCCCUGAUGAAGGGAGAGGAUGGAGGCCACAGCCUGUCAUCUGUGCGGACCCUGCAGCAACAGCACAGGCGCCUAGAGAGAGAGCUGGAAGCUAUGGAGAAGGAGGUGGCACGGGUACAGACGGAGGCCUGCCGACUGGGCCAGCUACAUCCUGCAGCUCCGGGGGGCCUGGCCAAGGUGCAGGAGGCCUGGGCCACCCUGCAGGCGAAGGCCCAGGAGCGAGGCCAGCGGCUGGCGCAGGCUGCACAGGGCCAUGCCUUCCUCGGGCGCUGCCAGGAACUGCUAGCAUGGGCACAGGAGAGGCAGGAGCUGGCGUCCUCCGAGGAGCUGGCUGAGGACAUGGCGGGGGCUGAGCAGCUCCUUGGGCAGCAUGAAGAGCUGGGGCAAGAAAUCAGGGAGUGCCGCCUUCAAGCCCAGGACCUGCGGCAGGAAGGACAGCAGCAGGUGGACAACAGCCACUUCAUGUCCGCGGAGGUGACAGAGUGCCUGCAGGAGCUGGAGGAGGCUUGGGCCCUGCGCUGGCAACGCUGUGCCGAGAGCUGGGGCCUGCACAAGUUUCGGCAGAGGCUGGAGCAGGCUGAGGCCUGGCUGGCCUGCCGGGAGGGCCUCCUGCUGAAGCCCGACUAUGGGCACUCAGCCUCAGAUGUGGAGUUGCUGCUGCAGAGACACCAGGACUUAGAAAAGCUGCUGGCAGCCCAGGAAGAGAAGUUUGCCCAAAUGCAGAAGACAGAGAUGGAACAGGAGCUCCUGCUGCAGCCACAGGAGCUGAAGCCCGGGAGAGCUGGCAGCUCGCUGACAUCCUGUCAGUGGAGGCCCUCUGGACACCAGGGGCUAGGAGCACAGCUGGCUGAGACGAGGGACCCCCAGGAUGCAAAGGGUACCCCCACCAUGGAGGGGUCUUUGGAGUUCAAGCAGCACCUGCUGCCUGGCGGGAGGCAGCCUAGCUCGAGCUCCUGGGACAGCUGCUGCGGGACCUUGCAGGGCAGCUCUCUGAGCCUGUUGGAUCAGAGGAUGGCAGCGGAGGUACCAGGGGAAAAGCUGAGAUGGCCGCAGUGA